CAAACAGGUGAAAGCAAACACCCAAGUUUAAGAAAAGAGAGUGAAUGUGUGACAGCAAUGUUACGAUGAUUUUAGCUGUGAAUUUCAUAUAUUUUCAUACCAUGAAGUGUUAACAUGAAGCUUUUAUCAUUUUUCCAUUAUAGACUAUUGAUUAUGUUUUAGAGUGAAUGUUUGGUGUGCAUUUUAUAAGUACUUAAUAAUGCUACGAUUUCUUAGCAAAAGAUUUAGCCGCUCCACACGAGGCGGUAAAACUCGAGGAGCCGAUGGCAAAGUUCCUUCAAAACCUGGAAAAAAUAUUUUGCCGUGUAAAAUAAUUCUUCUGGAUGGCACUGAUUUAUCAGUGGAUGUACAUAAAAAAGACUUGGGCAGUGCCUUGUAUGAACAAGUAUUUUACCACAUAGAUCUGACUGAAAAAGACUAUUUUGGUUUACAAUUCACAGAUGCUAAUCAUGUGCAGCAUUGGCUUGAUCCCACUAAACUCAUAAAAAAGCAAGUAAAAAUUGGGCCUCCUUAUACAUUUCGUGUAAGAGUGAAAUUCUAUUCAUCUGAGCCCAAUUCUUUACGGGAAGAAUUGACUCGGUAUUUAUUCUUCUUGCAACUAAAGCAAGAUGUUGUAUCUGGUAAACUUCCUGCACCAUAUCAGACUGCUGUAGAACUUUCAGCAUAUGCCUUACAGUCUGAGCUUGGAGAUUAUGACCCUGCUCAACACACACCAGGGUUCGUUUCAGAAUUCCGUUUUGUACCUGACCAAACUGAAGAAAUGGAAAUUGAUAUUUUAAAUGCCUAUAAAAUGUGCAGUGGUCAGACUCCAGCACAGGCAGAACUUAAUUACCUAAACAAAGCAAAAUGGCUUGAAAUGUAUGGUGUAGAUAUGCAUACAGUUCUGGGCAAAGAUGGCAAUGAAUAUUCAUUAGGUCUAACACCUACAGGAAUUCUAGUCUUCGAAAAUACAACUAAAAUUGGUUUGUUUUUUUGGCCUAAAAUUACAAGACUAGAUUUUAAAUCAAAAAAAUUAACACUUGUGGUUGUUGAAGAUGAUGAUGAGGGCCGGGAGCAGGAACACACCUUUGUCUUUCGAUUGCACAAUCAGAAAGCUUGUAAACAUCUGUGGAAAUGUGCUGUUGAACAUCAUGCUUUCUUUCGCUUGAAAGGUGGCCAGAAACCACCAUCAGCAAGACAGAAUUUCUUUCGUAUGGGUUCAAGGUUCAGAUAUAGUGGUAAAACAGAAUAUCAGACAACACAGAAUAGAGCACGGAGAACUGUUCAGUUUGAUCGUCGCCCAAGUCAGAGAUAUUCUCGUCGACCUACACAUGAUCGUAAAAGGGAUCGUGAAAGAGAUAGAGAAAUAACUGAUGCUCUUGCUGAGGCUCGCCGAAAUGAAGACAGAGGUUUAAGUGCACUUCCUCUCUCUCCUGCUCCAGCACAGCCAGUAAAGGAUGAUGCAGCUACUCCUUCCAAAUCAACUGUUACUGAAGCAAAUUCUGCUCCAGAAACCAGUAUGCCCAAGCCUUCCACAUCUUCAGAUUUGCCCAAGAACUCUGUACCGAUGUCAAAUGGAACAGUUAAAGAAACUGCUGAAGAUCGUUUGGAUAACUUGAUCAAAUCCUUAACAAAAGGCAAACCAUGCACUGAAAGUAUAGAAAUAAAUAAUGAAUUGGUAUCUCUAUCCAAUAAAAAGAAAGAAUUUGCAGACCCCAUUGACUCAACUGAAGUUGAUGCAUUAAUUAGCAAGAAAGGUAAAGAUCCAAUGCCAUCUACAUCACUGCAGACUAUAACUCCAUUAGUGAAUAAGGAUACAAAUACCCUAAAGAAUAAUCAAAUGAAAAUAUCUGGUGGAGCAAAACCUAUUCCUGCAGACCAGAUGAAAUGCAAUAUUUUAAAAGCAAAAAUGGAAGAGGAGAACAAAAAAGUUCCAUGUGAUAAAGCAUCACUGCUGGUAGAUUUACAGAAAGAGAAAAAAGUGCUUCUUGAUGUUGAUUCUGAUAAGAAUAAGGGAACAGUGCUUUUCAAUGGGGAAUGUAAACCAUCUGAAGAUAAAACACUUUUAAUGUUUAAUGGAAAGGAUGUAAACAGUUUGGAUAUAUCAUCAAAAAGGUUAUCUCCUGUUGAAGGAAAUGAAAAGGAAUCUACCAAUCCAUUUUUCUCUGUUGUACCACAACCCACCAAAACUGCUGCAAAACCAACACCACCCCCUCGAACAGUGACGGUUCCCUUAGAACCUUUAAAACAAGAGCAUCAUAAUGAUGACACUAUCCCACUUUUACCUAUAAAGUCAUCUUUACCUUCUGUUUCUCCUCCACUUGAAUUAAACUCCCAUAUCAAUGGGACUUCAGCUAUUAACAUUCCAAGUCCUCCUAAAUUAACACCUCAUAAAUCAGCUGAAUUAACUAAACUGCUUGAGGAUGCAGUGCAGCAAAUGAAAUCUAUGCAUCUUUCUACUGUUGCUGAUUCUAGUAAUAACAAUGGGUUACAUUCUGAUACUUCACCAUGUCAGACACCUAUCUUACCUGAAAAUGUGUGUGCAGCAAAAGCCCCAUGUCCUAUUGAAGAGAAAGAUGAUAAGGAAAAACCUCGUGUUGUGACUGAAACAUCUUUUGCUGGAGCAAAUCCUGUUACACGUUCUGUAUCUUCCGCCAGCAAUCGUGAUAUUUCUGUCCAGGCAGUUAAGAGGGUAUCUUCAAAUGCUUCUCAGUUAUCUCCUUGGCUUGUAGAAAGUAGCAAUGGAGUAACUUCAGAGAAUCCAACAACAAUUCGUCGCACUGUGAUGACCACUGAACUUUAAGAUGAAUAAAAUGUUUUUUUCCUACUAUAAAUGUAUUUUCAGUGUUUAAAUAAUGCCAUUUUUUAUGUCACUGUCAGCUUUCCCCACCCUUUUCUGUGUGUUUUUAAAUCAUACUGUGUAUAUAAAGCAAAAGUGUUGUGUCAAAAAAUUGAAAUGCAGCUCUGAUGAAAAGGAUUAAUUUGAGUAUAUAGCAGUGAUAUCAUGUAAGAAAUUGCAAUGUUAAUUCUAAUUAUUUUGCUGGCCUAACUAUGUGUAAAAUUCUUUUUAGAAGCACAGGUUUUUGUCAUGUAUUACAUUUCUUUUUAACAUUCAUUUGUGAGGCAUGCAUUUUUCAUAUAUUUUAAUAAUUUAUUGCCUAGUUUAGCUAGUUUAUGCAAAAUUUUAUUUCAACUCUGUUUUAAAUUGUUCUUUUCUACAUUUUUCUUAAUAUGCUAUAUAUUCAUACUGUGUGUAUUUACAUCUGUUUUAUAUGUUAUAUGGUUAUUAUGCAAAAGGAAUAACACUUAAUUUUCAUCCAGAAAAUUUCAUAAACAUUCCAAAAGAUCUUAAAUGAAACAUGCCUCAUUUCGAAAUGCUUGGGCAUUAGAGCUGGUUUGGCUUGGAGGCAUUACAGUUAUAUAUAUUCCAUCCAUUUUCAUAGACAGAUUUAUUGUUUGGCAGGAAGUGUUCCAGAAAAUUUUAACUUCAUAUUUGAAAUGAAGUUAUUUUAAUAAUAUAUAAGUUGACUACAAUUUUACAUCAAUAUGUCAGCAUCAACUGUUUAUAAUCACUCUUCCACCUUGUCCUAUUCCAGAAUAACUGUGAUGUAAUUUUGUAAGGGUACAUUUUUUUCUAAUCUAUAUACAAAUUUUUAUAGAUCUGUUUGUUAUAAAUUUCAGAAUUUCGUUUCCUGCUCUAUAAUAAGGUAGAGUUUCAUGGAUAACGAUAUUUAUAGUUCAAAAGUGCAUUUGUUUUUGUUGUUUUUUUUUAGGUUUGUUAUUCAUUAUAGUAAUAGCCAAUUAAGUACAAUAUGCAUUUAUGAAUUUAAAUUCAAAUUUUUAUUUUCAUUUAUACCUAUUUAUAUUUAUUUUUAUUAUAAAGAAAUUAUUUUUAAAGGUUAAAUGAAGUACUAAAGUUUAUAGUUUUCUUUUUAAUUAUCAUAAGCAGUAAUCAGAAUAAUAAAAAUGGAAGUAAUUAUUCUUAAAUACAGUCAGAUCAGGCAUGACUGCUUAUUCAUUAACAACAUUUUUAUAGUAAAUUAAGUUUUAAAAUAUCGGGAAAUCUUUGCCAUUAAUAAUCUUUGCUUAAUAAUAAUUUUAAUUCUAUUUAAAUAACAGAAUUGGGAUUCUCUAUUCUUGAGAAUUAAUGUAUUUAAUGCUUAAAUAUGUGAAAUGAAUAGUAUUAAAAUUUAUAUGAAAGAUCUGAUUGCUGGAAAUUAUGAACUAUUCAGUUAAGUCAUCAGAUGAUUUUAUGUCAUAUUAUAUAUAUUUGAUUAAUUUGCUGAAUUUUAAUUUCUUUGAUCUGUAAAUAUAAGCCUAUAGAAGUAAGGCAUCUGUUUAAUAAUUUUUUAAGUAGUCACUAAAGAGCAAGUAAAAGCCUAAUUUCUAGUAACAUAGUCAUUUAAUAAAAAAAACUCUUUAAACAAAAAAUUAAAUAUUUGAGCAGUGUCAAAAAUUAGUUUUGAUAAUUAGUAAUUUAAUAUAGAUAUUUGCAAUAUAUAGUUUUCAAAAUACAUUUAGAAAAAUUUAUUCUAAAAGUAUUAGUACGUUUCCUUCCAUAAAAUCUUGUAUUUGCGCAUUAUUUGACUAUGAUACAACAUCUUUUUUUAGUCUACUUAAAUAGAAUUUGCUUCUAAACAACAGAUUGAAAAUAUAGCUCUUAAACAUUAAUGAAAUUGCUGCAGUUAAGCUUUUUAUAUAAAAAUAUGUAUAAUAAAGCAAGAUAAAGAAUGCUUUAUUGUGCAUUUCAAACUACAUAGCCCAGCUGUUUUAUAUUAAUUUGUUGCUAAUUUAAUAUUUGAACAUGAUUGUGCCAAGAUAGUAUUUGUGUUUGCCAUAUAUAAUUGUUAUUUUCUCCUCAUUAUCAUAAUUUUAUGAAUAUUCAUUGUCAUUUUUCAAUAUGUAAUAAAUUUCAAUUUCUCUGACAAAACAUUUUGUAAAUUGUGUAUUUUGUAAUUAGUUAUUGACUUAGGUCAUUUUGUAUGAAAAUUGAAAUCAUUAUGGAAUAAAGAUUAAAUUGAUCUCUU